GGGAGCGCUGCCGUGCCCAUGGUGGGGCCCAGCGGAUCUCCGUUCCAACGAUCUCCUGCCGCUGCUAAACGGAUGUUGAGCCUUCCGUGUCUCCGGCGAUAUCGGACGGCUCUGCUCACUGUCAGACAUGGCGAUAUUCAUCGGUUCCCUCCCGGAUUCCACAUAAAGACGCUCUUUUAGUUGGAUUGCAAAUAUGGUAUCAGAGUGCCAGCAGAACUCUUUGACUCCCUUUUCGGAGACCAUGUUCCACAUCCUUCCAAUCUUCCCGGGAUCGUCUUCGAGAAUAUCGAAUGCGAGUAUGUGCUAUUGGGAUUACCGCUCGCUCGGUGCCAGUUGAAUGCACCGAAGAUCGGGACGCGAAGCAAUACGCUUCGUGGAGGGUGGUUAUUUGCUCUCUGGGCUGCGCGGCACGGAAGCCGAAAUUUUUAUGGAAAACUUACUCGGAAAAUUGGCGUCCACGGCAUUGAUGGGAUGGGCGGAUCUGCACUUAGUGUAUACUUUCUUGGAUUUCUUGGCGUUGUUGUGCAUUCUUGGACCUCCGACUAUCUAGUCCGAGAACCAAGAGUGCACAACAACGACGACUGACGUCUCACUUUUGGCCCCCUGGCGAUGUUCCGAUAUUCUGAGGGUUUUUGCAUUCAGUGUCACGAAGAUUGACACACUGCUUCCAUCUCCAACGCAGCUUCCUCUUGCUGUAGUCAGUUGGUGGAAGCGGGUUUUGUAGAUGGCUCUACCAUUCUUGGAGAGCCUGCGUCCACGCAGCGUUUUGGCUGCGUUAUUCUUUCUUUCUUGCGUUCUUUUCGUCAAUAUGCAGCUUCUUGAGUUAAUGAACAUCUGGUGCAAGCUUCUGCCUACCCUGUUGACAUCUUGCUGCACAUCCUUCUGAAUCUUGUUGGCCUCUAGCCGUAUUUCUUCUCACGCAAGCAUGUUCGCUCUGGGUUUCACUAUUAUGGCGGUGAAAGUUGUCGAGCGUAGGGAAUCUGAGGUGAAGGGAGGUCUCCCCACAUUGAUAAGUGAGCGCCGUCUUUCUAAAACCAUGUAGCCUUUUUCCCUUGUUCCAUCCCCUUCAUCUCGAGCCAAUGUCCAAUAGCGGGUCUUAUGGCGUUUCUACCUUGGUGCGAAUGACUUCGAAGUGUUCGAUGUUCAUGAUGGUAAAUUAUUCUCAAAACAUCCCCUGUUUUAUCCUUUGAUACCAUCUUUGUCCGGCUGCACUCUCGUUUCUUGAUUAAAUGAAGAACGAAAUGAGGCAUCACUCACUUUCAUUUUUAAUCCUCGUGGAUAACCUUUCUACUGCAGACUGACUCGCAAUGCUAUUUACAUCCUGUGAGCACGGGCAUUGACUCUUGGUAUGUAAAUAGCACACCAUGAUGUUCAUGAUGAAGUCUUUGCGUUACUUGUAGGAUAUCCUUGCCAUGUCUACAUCGUCCCAUACCUUCAUACCAUCCUGUUCUUUGCACACUUCCUUACCGAGCCUUGAGCACAUGUACUUUUAAGCCUUGGGAGUAAAUCAUGACUGGGAAACAAGUAAUAAUUAUAUUCCAGUAGGUGCUCAAGUAAAUUUCCCCCUGGGGCUCCGACCGGAAGAGGAAACAGAGAGGGUAAAGACGAUGGAACCCAUGCUCAAGGCCAGACAGAAGGCAAUGACGCAACCUUCUGGAAGAUGCAGCAAGAGUGGACUAAUAACCUCAACUCCAUGUGCUGCCCCAGACGUGCCCGGCCUUCCGCAGGGAUCAGUGACAGUCAGUCAGUCAGGCCGCCAACAAACAUUCAAUCUCUCCCACACUGCGGACCAGCCUUCGAGAGUCGAGCAGCAGUAAAAUAGUCCGGAGGCAACGAUCGCAUUCAUUCACCUUCUAUUCUAUGGAAGACAGCAGUACUGCACCGUCGUGUUACUCGUGUACAUGUCAAAAUAGUUCUGCUGGCUCUGAGCGUCUGACGCUCGUCCGACGAGACGAACUUUCUAAAGCGGGACACCAGCGAGGGCCGCGGGAGGAUAGCGGGAGUGCGUUUGGGUUCGAAAAGCAGCCGCUAAACUCUGUGCGUCGAGCCUCUCGCACAUUAUUUUAGCAGGAUAAGAGCUCUGUCGAGCCCGGCUGCGGCGAGGCAGUUAAAGCAGGGUGUAGGAGCAGAGGCAUGUCCUGCCCCGUAGAGGAGCGGUCCAGGACAAUACCGUUAGCAGCUAUUUACCUUGUUGAUAAAGAUGGGCGGAGACGCGCCACCCUCGCUCCGACCUGGGCGGACUCGGAGUCUACAUGAUCGUUCGUUCAGAUCAGCCGGGCCUGCGGCAGAGCGUGAGAGGUGGAUUCCAUCGCCGGGGAGCGCCACGGGAGAGGUCGUCGAUGCGGGACGAGGCGCUGUCGAGGAUGAAUGUCGACGACGGAUAGCUGUGCGGGACCUGACGGGCUGAAGCACGAGGAGGUCCGCUCGUGCGUCGGGGAUAUCGAUGGGGCCGUCCCCAUGUCGUCGACGAGUCAGCGCCAUGGUGCUGGGCGCGAUUUACCUGCUCGUCAUCUGCCUGUGCUGCGCAGUCUCGCGUGCGCAAGAGGACUCCGGGAACGCCGGGAACCAGCAAGAGUCGGAUGUUAACAGGGAUCUGCAGGCGCUGCUCCGGGUGAAGGAGAGUCUGGUGGACACUUCGGGCGUGCUCGGUUCCUGGGACCCCUCGUCCAGCACCCCGUGCAACUGGACCGGCGUAAUUUGUAGAGCUCGGGAUUUCGACUCGACGCAACCCGUGGUGGUUUCUCUCGUUCUUAGAAACUGCAAUCUCUCCGGCACCAUAUCUCCGGGCGUGGGCCAGCUGACCCACCUCGAGACUUUGCACCUGGGGAACAACUUCCUCACGGGCCCAAUACCUCCCGACCUCGGCAACUUGUCGGCUCUUCGACUUCUGGACGUGAGCUACAACUCACUGACGGGGAGCAUUCCGUCAACGCUCGGCCGCCUGGGGCGCUUGGAGGAGGCUAUCUUCGACGAGAAUGAUUUGACGGGCGCCAUCCCCUCAAGUGUGGAAAAUCUCGUCAGCUGUGCGUACUUCAGCGUGCAAGGCAACCGUGGCAUUGGAGGGCUAGUUCCAGCAGGCUUGAAGAUCGUGAGGGAGCUUAACCUACAGAAUACUCAGCUCCGCGGGCCCCUUGCAGAGGAUUUUUAUGACAUCAAUCUGGUCACUUUCCUGAACCUUAACAACUUGGACUUUUCUGGAUCCAAGGAGCCUGAUUUGAGGAGGCUGCCUAAUCUGAGAGGGCUGUACAUGAGGAACACCAGUCUCACCAAGGGCCCAAUUCCUUCUGGCUUGGCCAGUGCUUCGAGCCUUGAGGAGCUCGAUCUGUCACAAAAUAGUUUCGUGGACGAGAUCCCGCAGUGGAUAGCAAAUCUGCCCAACCUAAAGGUUCUCCUGCUUUCCAGCAAUGCGCUCUCCGGGCCCAUGCCCGAGCUGCUGGGACAAAACAGCGAGCUCUCGGUGCUGGAUGUGUCUCAAAACAGUCUGAACGGCACGGUGCCCCAAGGUUUAUGCAAUGGCGGAAGUCUGGAGACCUUGAAUUUGAGUGGGAACAGAUUGGAAGGCUAUUUCCCCCCACGUCUGGAAAAUUGCACCAGUCUCAUCCGCGUGAGCCUCGGUCGGAAUUUGCUGUCGGGAAGUUUGCCUGCUGGGCUCGGUCGGAGUGCGUCGAACCUGUCGACGUUGGACUUGGCUCGCAACGCUUUCGGGGGAAGCAUCCCGGGGGAAUUCGGAAUGCUCCAAAAACUGCUUGUGCUGGACCUCUCGGACAAUCGACUGUCGGGAACGAUACCUCCUCAAUUGGGAAACCUUCUUCGGCUACAGACGCUCGACCUUUCGUCCAACAUGUUGAAGGGCUCGCUGCCUCCGGAGCUGGCCAACUGCAAGUCGUUGGAGACGCUGCUUCUGCAAGGCAAUCUCCUCGACGGCCCGGCCCCAGUGAAGACCUUGAGCGGUUUGGUGCAGCUGGAGAGGCUGAAUCUCGCCGAGAACCGGAUGCAAGGGAGGGUGGAACCAGGAAUCGAGAGCCUGACACUUCUGAAGAGUCUCAAUUUCAGCCGCAACUCACUGAAUGGCAGCAUCCCCUCGGACUGGGGCAGUGUACAAUAUUUGGAAACGCUGGACCUGUCGAGGAACCAAUUCUCGGGAGGAAUUCCUGACUCCUUCAGCGGCCUGCUGUUCCUGCAAGCCAUCGACCUCUCAUUCAACCAGCUGGGCGGAACGAUACCCUCCUCGCUGCUGAACCUCGAGUCACUCCGGAGCUUGAAUCUGUCCUACAACAUGUUAUCCGGGACCGUGCCCGAGGGCCGCCAGGAGUGGCCGACGAGCUCCUUCAUAGGAAACGAGAAGCUGUGCGUGAUCGAUUGCCUCGCGGCAGCAUCGGCCACUCCGGCCCCACUGGCCAACGCGGGCCGGGGCGAGGGAGGGGGCGGGCUCAGCAAGGGCGCCGUGGCCGGAGCGGUGGUCGGGAGCAUCGCCGGCGCAGCGCUGCUCGCGGGGCUGAUCAUAGCGCUGUGCAUGCAUUGCUGCACGGCGCAGACGGCCCUGCUCGGGCGAGCGCAGUCCAUCCGCAGGAAGACGCCCGCCGUGAAGCCGUUCCUGCUGCCGGAGAUCUUCAAGGGCUUCUCGUACCCGGACAUCAUGGAGGCCACGAGAAAUCUGAGCGAGGACAACGUCAUCGGCCGAGGCGGCUACGGCACCGUGUACCGAGGCGACUUCCCGGCCGGCAUGACGUGCGCCGUGAAGCAGAUGGUGCUGGAGCAGGAGUCGUCCCGCAGCAGCUUUCAGAACCACCUGCGCGAGGUCGAGAUCGCCGGCCAGACGCGCCACAAGAACAUCGUCAGCCUCGUCGGCUUCUGUCAGAAGGGCGACGAGACGCUCAUCGUCUACGAGUACAUGCCCAACGGGAGCCUGGGCGACGCCUUGCACCGACGAGGACGUAGAGGGACGUACGAUCAAGGGGCGACGAUUGCCACGGGGAAAGGCGACAAGCUCAACUGGAGAACGCGGUUCAACAUCCUCUGCGGUGCGGCUGGAGGGCUGGAGUACAUGCACAACGAAUGCCGGCCGCAGGUGCUCCAUCGCGACAUCAAGAGCAACAACAUUCUGCUGGACGCCGACAUGGACGCUCGCAUCACCGAUUUCGGGAUGGCCAAAAUGGUUGAAAAUGCCGGCGUCUCCAUUCCCAACAUGGCCCUCGUCACGGGCUCUGCCGGCUACCUCGCUCCCGAAUAUUACCGGAAUAUGAGGAUCACGGACAAGAGCGACGUGUACAGCUUUGGGGUCGUAAUAUUGGAGACAUUAACAGGAAUGUAUCCCACGGAAAAUGCUACGGUUUCAGAUGAUUUUAGUCUAGUGGAGUACGUGAUCACCACUCUUCGUCAGGAAGGCGUUUUAGAGGCGAUUCUGGACACCGCUUUGCAAGAGGAAGUGAUCGAGUCGCAGGAUGUGGAAGAGCAGAUGACGUUGGUCUUGCAAAUCGGGCUCCUGAGCACUGUGGAAGAUCCGCCACAGCGUCCGUCCAUGAGAGAGGUGGUAGAAAUGUUGGAUUACUCCAAGGGUGAGCACGGCAAAGUCCGUGUGCCGGACUUGGGUGAUCUCUUGCAGGAUUUGGCGGCAUCACCGGCCAUGUCACCCAGUCAUUCGUAGCAUCUGGCAAAGGUUGCCGCACCAGUGUACAGUGUACAUUAAGAAGGUUGGACAUUCCUGAAUUCUGCUCGAGCGAUGGGUAGAUCGACGGGCGCGCAUCCCAAAAUCGUGCCGACAGAAUACCUUUUUUCGUCGUCUCCGAAACAUGUCUACACACUUCGUGCUACUGGAUUCUGUAGAACGGUCACUAACCCGGACAACGCUUUGAAAUCCUAUUCUUUAUUACCUCUGGUCUUGGCCAGGGCCAGAAAGAGAGUCAAUAUUUUCAUACAUUGACUAGUUACGUAUCAUUCUUUUGGAAAGAGGCAUCAAGUGUAUCGAAUGGGACCUGAUACGACCCUUUUUCCAGUGCUGUACCGUACCAUACAUCACUUUGGUCAGCACAAAGUACGAGUUUUGUUAUCGUAGACUCACAUGAAAAAUUGGUCAGAUACUACUCCGCUACGAAUGGAUCUGAGAAACAAAUUCCCCUGUUUUUUUGUACAGCUUGCCAUUGCAAUCAUUUGAACGAUUCAAUCGAGGAAGGG